AUGACACCAACAAAAUUCAAGGCGGCUGUUCUACUUGUAAGUUUUUCCCACGCGAGCAAGAGCCACAACUCACCAAAGAAGGAACCAGGCCCGCAACCGACGUAUGCAAUUGAAGAGCUGCCAGUACCAGACCUCGGGCCUCUGGAAGUCCUCGUCAAGCUCUCCGCAACCGGCGUCUGUGGAACAGACCUAGCGCUUGCCUCUGGUGUUCUCGGACCAACGUGCCCUAUCCUAGGCCAUGAAGGCGUCGGUCGCAUAGCCAAGGUGGGCUCCGCCUUGAUGUCUGAGGAGGCGAUCCAGGUAGGUGACCGCGUUGGCGUGUCUUGGGUGCGCGAUGUCUGUGGCCGAUGUACCGCGUGUCUAGCAGAUGGCGGCGAAGCACGGUGCCUCGACCAGAUACAUUCGGGUCGGAAGGUCAAUGGAACGUUUGGCCAGUAUACUGUUGUUCCAGCGCGAUAUCUGAUUCCCCUACCAGAUGGGCCGACCGAUGAGCAGCUAGCUCCUAUCCUAUGUGCCGGCGUCACUGCAUACAAGGCGCUGAAAGUGUGUGGUGCAACGCCAGGACAAUGGAUUGGCAUCUGGGGAAGCGGUGGCGCCGUAGGCUCCAUGGCCUUGCAGUAUGCUCGGGCGAUGGGAUAUCGGACCGUCGCGAUCGAUGCAGGAGACGAGAAAGGGGCGUUGUCCAAGGCCACCGGGGCGGAUGUGUACAUUGAUGUACUGCAUACGAAAGACGUUCCUGGAGCAGUGGCGUCAUUGACGAGAGGUCACGGAGUGAGUGCUGCAUUGGCCAUUGCCGGAAAAGCGACUGCGUAUGAGGACGCAUUGAAAUCGGUGGCCCCGUUUGGUACUCUGGUCUGUGUCGGAAUUCCACCUCCAAGUGAGCUUGUCAGCUUCCAUCCGCUCCUUCUCAUCGACAAAGGGAUUCGAGUCAUUGGGUCGAUGGUCGGGACGCGAGGAGAUAUGCGGGAGGCUGUCGAGUUUGUUGUGUCGGGGAGGGUGACGCCCGAUGUUCAGGUCAUCGAGUUUGAUCAGAUCACCAAUAUCCUCGAUCCAAAAGUCGCAAACAACGGUCCCAAGUACAUAGUCCGGAUUCCUUGA